AUGGUGCGGAGCUUGGUGUUGGGAACCCAAAGGAGCGAGCUACUUGUAGAUCUGAGGAUGCGGGUGGAGGUGUGCGGAGUGAUGAGGUCUUGUAGCAUAACAGUGGAAGGACAUCCUAUGUUUGCUGAUGACACGACUGAGGGGGAGCAUGUAAAUAAUGAAGAGGAUGGGGCCGAGGACCGACCCUUGCGGAACACCACAGGAGACAGGGAGCAGUCUGUCAGAGGAAGCGCAUUCGAUCAGAUCUUUGAGACAAAGACUGUUGAUGUCGGAGAUGAAGUGAAGUUGACGUGCAGCCGCCAGAAGACCAAUUUUGGAGGCAAACUUUUUUGGAUCAGGCUUGUUUAUGGAAACUUGCCUGAAUUCUUGGGAGGAACACAUUAUUUCGAUAAUUACUCUGUUGUAAAUAAGACUCCUCACUUUACAGUCAAACAAGAGCCUGGAAGCUUUGUUCUGUACAUUAACAAAGCAGAGCCGAGUGAUGCUGGAGUUUACUACUGCAUAGAACAAAAAACACUUGACAUGAAAUUAUUGAUUGGAACAUUUCUGAAAAUUAAAGGACCAGAACCUGAUAUAAUUGCCGUCAUUCAAGUCCGUCCAUCUGACCCGGUCAGUUCAGGAGACUCUGUGACUCUGCAGUGUUCCGUCCUGUCCGGCUCUGACAACCACACAUGUCCAAGAUAUGACAAGCUGUACUGGUUCAGAGCUGAUGAAUCUCAUCCCAGUUUAGUUUAUGUUCAUGGAAGUAGUGGUGAUGAAUGUGACGGGAUCCUUGAAGCUCACUCACCCCACAGAUGUGUCUUCAAUUUCUGUAAGAGUUUUAGUUCCCCUGAUUCUGGGACUUAUUACUGCGCUGUGGUCACAUGUGGAGAGAUUUUAUUUGGACAAGGAAUAAAACUGGAAAAUGAAGCACUCAACAUGUGGGAUGUACAGAAGGCCAAUACACUGGAGUUUCUUUACAAACAGAGGCUGCAGCAGUCGGUGGUCAUCCGCCAAAGACACGAGGACUCAUUGGUUUAUUCUGCACCAACCUUCAGCAAGAGGAAGGCUGGCAAAACAACCGGGAGAAGGAAUGUAAAACCUGCAGAUGAAGAAACUGUCUACUCUGAUGUCAGAGCUUAUGCGAUAGAUUAA